AUAUUGACAAGAAAGAAAAAGAAGGCACAUUAAUUGCGAAAAGAAAAAAAGUAAAUUAAAAUUGGGAAUUAAAUCUCAUUACUCUUGGUUACCAAUUCCAUUUAAAGACUAUGACGUAUCCAAAUCCACGCCCUUUCGGUCUGGUGAUAUGGAAGAAGGAAAAAAGCAUGUUACUUGUUUCUCUUUAUUUGCUUCUCUUUCUUUUCUAAUUGUUACUUUUAAUUACAAUUCCAAGUGAAAAUUAUCCUUUCCAAUACACAUUCUAAUCAUUUAGAAAUGAUAUCCAACAAUUAGAGUGAACAAUUAAAAUCCAUUUGGUUGGGCCUCCCUUUUGGUUUAUUAUUAAGUCUCAUCAUCAGUUGGAGUGGAUCUUGGAUCCACUUUGAAUCAUCUGCUCUUCUUAACUUGUUGGUAAUUUUCUUUGAUUUCUAUUGUUUUUGAGGUCAUUUCAUUAUCAAUUUGGUGGAUUUUUCGUUUCUCCUUCAAUCUAAUCAGUGAUGCCAAUCCAUUCUCGUGCAAAAGGCUGCAAUCGGCAUAAGUCUCGUAUCCAAAAGACCAGGAAACGCAAGCGAGAUAUUGAUCAAAUUCAAGAGGAAGCGACAUUCAUUGGUGAUGAAAUUAUCUUCGAUAAUUCCAAUAAAAUCAUUGAGCCUGAUGACGAUUUACCAGGACAAGGAUUAUUUCCUUGUCAAGCUUGUGCGCGGCACUUUAUCGACCAGAAGACAUUAGAUGAACACACUCGAAGUAAAGUUCACAAAAAACGUUUACGAGAAUUAAAAGAGCCGAUGUACACUCACGCCGAGGCGGAAGCGGCCGGUGGAUUAGGAAAUUUCACUCCACCCAAGAAAAGGAAAACAUCUCAUAUGGAAGUAGAAGUUGUUACCAAUCAAUGAAAACAUUCUGAUGAAAAUGACUUCCGAAUUUCGUUGCUUAAUUGUUACAAAAUGUUCUCAAAUCAAUUUGAAUCCAAUGAGUAUCAGGACAAUUUGCGCUUUUCUGUGAUAAUCAAAACUCUGCUCGACUAAAUUAAUUUCUAAAUUGAUUAAAAGUAUAAUCAAACAUGAGCGAUUUGUGGUGAGUAAAAUGUAACCACAGUAAA